CUAUGUAAAUCUUGGUGUCAAAAUUUUGUAUAAAAGUUAAUAAAAGUCGACUUGAAUCGCAUUCCACUAGAACCUCAACAUUGACGAGAUGAGCUUUAUGCAUCUGAACUCGCAUCCCGUGGAUGGAUGCCAGCGGGUCAGUUACCGUCAGACCUCAGCCAUCGGGCUAUUGAACAAAGAUGAAAUCGACGGCAGGGACGACAGCGCCACUGGCGAUGGUGUCAUCAUUUGCAAGAAGCUAGUCCUCGGCUGCAAGCCAGAGGAGAACGACGACUACCGUCCGUUCAUCUUUGAGCCGACGUGGUGUGUGUAUAUCAAGGCGCUGGACAAUGUCGACAUGGGUGGCUAUGUAAAACGGGUGACGUUCCGGAUGUCGCCUCGUCUGCCUUUGCGCCUGCAUGUGGCCGAUGCCUCACCCUUCGAGAUAACCGAGGUGCUGAGCACCGAUUUCCCGAUAGAGCUGCAGGUGGAAUAUCUGGAUGCCAGUAUGUCACCCACCACAUACAUGUACAAGCCGAACGAUGUUUUCGAUGGCAAAUAUAAUGUGGACGAUCGCAUGAAUUUCCUAGGGCACGAACGCACCGACAAAAUGUUCUUCGUGAAUCCAUCGACCGACACGCAGCUAACGCUUACAACUUCCGCACCGCAGCCCCUGCUCCAGCCACCGUCCCUAACCCCUACACAGGCCAGGACUAUCGCGGAGAAGCGGGCCAAAAAGCAAAAGCCAUCCAGGCCCAGCAAACAGAGCGCCAACUCUCAAAUCACACGAACAGCUCCCCGGCCCAUAUUCAAUUUGUGUCUGCCAUAGCUACACAU